GGAUUUAAAGCGAACCUCUCUCUUCUGAGGAGACCCGGGGAGAAGACUUAUACUCAGCGUUGCCGGUUGUUUGUUGGGAAUUUGCCUGCUGAUAUCACAGACGAAGAUUUUAAAAGACUGUUUGCCAAAUAUGGGGAGCCAGGAGAGGUUUUUAUCAACAAAGGAAAAGGCUUUGGAUUCAUUAAAUUGGAAUCCAGAGCUCUGGCAGAAAUUGCGAAGGCAGAACUGGAUGAUACCCCCAUGAGGGGUCGUCAGCUUCGUGUUCGGUUUGCCACCCAUGCUGCUGCUCUUUCAGUGCGCAAUCUUUCACCCUAUGUGUCCAACGAGUUGCUGGAGGAAGCUUUUUCCCAGUUUGGUCCGGUGGAAAGAGCUGUUGUGAUUGUAGAUGAUCGAGGUAGAUCGACGGGAAAAGGCAUUGUUGAAUUUGCAUCAAAGCCAGCUGCAAGAAAAGCAUUUGAACGGUGUACUGAAGGAGUGUUUUUAUUGACAACCACUCCUAGGCCGGUUAUUGUGGAACCAUUGGAGCAGCUGGACGAUGAAGAUGGGCUUCCAGAAAAGCUUGCUCAGAAGAACCCAAUGUAUCAAAAGGAAAGAUAGACUCCUCCUCGGUUUGCUCAGCCUGGCAGCUUUGAAUUUGAAUAUUCCCAGAGGUGGAAAUCUUUAGAUGAGAUGGAGAAACAGCAGAGAGAGCAAGUGGCAAAAAACAUGAAAGAUGCCAAGGACAAACUUGAAAGUGAGAUGGAAGAUGCUUAUCACGAGCAUCAGGCAAACCUCUUGCGUCAAGACCUCAUGAGGCGCCAGGAAGAACUGAGACGUAUGGAAGAGCUCCAUAAUCAGGAAAUGCAGAAACGCAAGGAGAUUCAGCUGAGGCAGGAGGAGGAGCGGCGCAGGCGGGAGGAGGAGAUGAUGAUUCGCCAGCGGGAGAUGGAAGAACAAAUGAGAAGACAGAGGGAAGAGAAUUACAGUAGAAUGGGUUACAUGGAUCCAAGGGAGAGAGACAUGAGAAUGGGUGGUGCCACCACAAUGAACAUGGGAGAUCCUUAUGCUUCUGCAGCCCAGAAAUUUCCACCUCUGGGAGGUGGUGGCGGCAUAGGUUAUGAAGCUAAUCCGGGAGUUGGCCAGGCAGCCAUGAGUGGUUCUAUGAUGGGAAGUGACAUGCGUCCUGAACGCUUUGGGCAGGGAGGUGCGGGGCCUGUGGGUGGCCAGGGUCCUAGAGGAAUGGGGCCUGGAACACCAACAGGAUAUGGUAGAGGGAGAGAAGAAUAUGAAGGCCCAAACAAAAAGCCCCGAUUUUAGAUGUGACCUGUAGUUUCAUUCCAGUUUGUUUUUGUCUGUCUUGUUUAGACACCAACUUUUUAAUUCUUGCAUUUUAGUAAGAAAGCUACGUUUUUAUGGAUGUUAGAAACUUACUGACCUAAUAUUUGUAAGUGGUCUGUUUGGGCGAGUACAAUUUAAUUAUGUAAUGCAGUGUUUCGAAACAAAUUUAGCUGUUUUUUUGAUGUAUAACGUCCCUAACUUGAUGGCAGUGUACCUUGUGCCACUGAAUUCCCAAAGUGUACCAACUUUUUUUUACUGUGCUUCAAAUAAAUAGAAAACUAAA